GCAAAUGUAAUGCUGGAAUAUGAAUUACAAGAAGCCAAAGAACUUCUUGAAACCAAACUGUCAACUGCUCAGAAUACACUUAAUUACGUGGUAGAAGAUUUGGAAUUUAUGAGAGAACAGAUUACCACAAUGGAA